CCCUGGAUUAAUGACUGCGACAACCAUCAGCAUGGCAGCAUGUUCCAGUGCUCCAACACAUCCAAGGAUAGAAAUGAACCUCCUAGAAUACCAGGUCUUGUGCUCCCAGCUGGACAACACUCAACAGGAGCUUGAAGAUCUCAAGGAGAAGCUUCUUGCAUCUGAGCCUACUGCCUAUGCCCUGGACAAGCAGCUACAAAAACACCAAUGUGAGCCGUACAAAGUCAUCAUGCAGCGUGUGCUGGGGGAGUACAUCCAAUGUGAGGAGGAGCAGCUGGCAGAAAGCCCACCUAUCACCAAGAGGCUGAGGGAAUUCAAUAUCUUACUUCAACCUCACACAAGACAACUGAGGCAAUGAAAGCAGAAGCCAUGGGAAGGGAAAUAUGCCUCUAUCUUAAUCCAUCAGCAUCUCAAAGAUCUGCUCAAGUGGACAGCCCUGAGAGCUGCCUGAACCAGGGCCUCUGGGAUCGACUUUCUCAGGGACAUCAUCUGGCAGAGCACCACGCCCACAAGCUCAGUCAAGAUUUUCAUGACCAUCCAAAAGAGCAAGAACAACGAUCCCUGGCAUUUCUGGCCCUCAGUGUCAACAGUGAGCAACCUGAGAGGCAAGUGAAUGGAGUCCUAUUAGAUUCAUCAGCUAAAAGAACUGUGAUUGGAUGCUCCCUUUCUAUUGAAGAUUCCUCGCAACCCGAAGGGGUGAUGUUCAUGAACACUCAAACACUAGCAGCCACAAGUGUCAUGUCUUUGACCACCUGAUAAUGAAAGGAAAGCUGCAAUCAAGAAAAGUGGGUACGAUCAUGCAGAAUCCCAGGCUUCCAAUCUAGGAUGCAGAGCUGAUGCAACCUCUCUCUGGACUUACCCUAGUGGCCCAUAGGCUGCCACUCUGCCAGGCCCUUUUUCUGCAUCUCCUGUUGUCACCUUGACCUCUGCUGUCCUCUCAAUUCUGAGGCCAGAAGUUCCUCUGCACCCCCAGGCCACAACCAGCCCCAUAGUGCUCAUUUUCAUCUACGCAGCACCCUGAGAUGUGUAACAUUAUCAUCUUGUCUACAAUCAUACACUUCAUUUUCCUUUUCUCUCCCUUCCCUGUUCCUCAACUCCAUUGCCUCAUCCCUCUGAAGGCACUGACUUCAGAAAUCACUUACCCAUG